AUUGAGCCGGAGAGGCGCAGCACCAGCACCAGGGAGCUCGCCAUCAGCACCACCAGCACCAGCACCAACACCAGCACAGCCCUACACCAGACAGUCAGAAGCUGAUGUCCAGGGAUUCACUCUCACUUCAUCUCGUACGCCUUAGUCCCACCGACACAAUCCUUUAUCAGUUGAGCUGUUUCCAGAAUGAAGGAUGUGGUGUAUAGACAGAAAUCCCUUCUGGGAGAAUUCCGAGGAUAAAAAUAAGAUAGAAAAACCACAAGAGGCACAAAAUGUCGGAAGCAGCGAUGUGACUGGGAGAGAGAGAGGGAGAGGCAAGAUCCGGUCUGAACUGAGACAUUGGAGUUUUUAGGAUGAGCCCAUUCAUUCUGUGUGAUGCCGUGAGCACCUCAGAUUUAACCCUUCGGUUUCCGCACCAAUAUUUGCAUUUGUGAGUAAAAGGGAAAACCAAUGGCGGGGAAUUCACUUAAAAUGGUGUAAGUGUAACCCGGGAAGGUAUGUCAAAAUGCCUUCAAAAGCCUCCUGUUUAUAUAUCUUGACAGUGGUGUGUUGGGCUAGUGUCCUCUGGUACUUGAGUGCCACCAGACCCUCGUCCACUUACGUGGGACAGCACUCGUUCUCACAGAUCACCUUCGUGAGAAAAGAUUCCAAUUUCAGCUUCAGUAACAUUCGAACCCGGCCAAUGAACCCACAUAGUUUCAAUUAUCUCAUCAACGAGCCCCGUAAAUGUGAGGACGCCAGCCCUUUCUUGGUGAUCCUGAUCAGCACUACACACAAGGACUUUGAUGCGCGUCAGGCCAUCAGGGAAACCUGGGGAGAUGAGAACAAUUUCAAAGGGAUACAGAUGGUCACGUUGUUUUUGCUGGGCAAGAACGUAGACAAUGUCCUGAAUGAGAUGGUCGAACAAGAGAGUCAGAUCUUCCAUGAUAUCAUUGUUGAGGACUUUGUGGACUCCUACCACAAUCUGACUUUGAAAACUUUAAUGGGCAUGAAGUGGAUAGCCACAUUUUGCUCGAAAGCCAAGUACGUGAUGAAAACCGACAGUGAUAUAUUUGUGAAUAUGGAGAAUCUGAUCAAUAAGUUGCUCAAGCCCAAUACCAAGCCACGGAGAAGGUACUUUACUGGCUACGUGAUCAAUGGAGGACCUAUACGAGACAUGCGCAGUAAGUGGUACAUGCCCAGAGAUUUAUACCCAGACAGUAAUUACCCUCCGUUCUGUUCGGGAACAGGUUACGUAUUUUCGGCAGACGUGGCUGAAGCUAUUUACAAAGUGUCUCUUCACACCAGGCUGCUUCAUCUCGAGGAUGUGUAUGUCGGACUUUGCCUGCAUAAGUUGGGCAUCCAUCCCUUUCAGAACAGUGGGUUCAAUCACUGGAAGAUAACCUACAGCCUGUGUAGGUACCGGAGAAUAAUUACAGUGCACCAGAUCCCACCAGAGGAAAUGCACAGGAUUUGGAAUGAGAUGUCGAGCAAAAAACAUCUUCGAUGCUGAAAUCACUGAAAGGAUUUCUCUAUUGGUUUACAGACACCCCAGUUGCCGUUCCGUUUCUGAUCUGCCGUCUAUAUCAAUGUCAUUAUGGACAAUCAAAGGACAUUUUUACAGUAGAGAGGUGGAGUAUUUUAGCCGUCCACUGUGGUGGACACUGUCAGAGGUUUAAAUACUUAUUUAAUAGCUUGAACCUAACACAUGAACUGUAAUUAAUGACUAUCAUGAAACAGGAUUGAUUUUGUUCUUGAUCUGAAUUGCUCUCGUUUGUUGCACCGUAUAUUUUGCAUAAAACAUGUAAGAAGUUUGGUUUGUUUGGACUUAAUUUGCCAAAUGUUGGUGGAGAAUGUAUUAAUGAAUUAGUGCCGAAAACUUGAUUGAUUGAUUGAUUAUAUAAUUGUGUUACUUGGUCAAGGGGAAUGUGCAUUCUCUCUCUCUUUCUCUCUCGGAUUUUUAAACUCGAUUCUCCUGAAAUAUUUCAGAUGAGCCAGAGAAAAUAAAUGUUACACAAACAAGAGAAGAACAGAUGUGAAUUGGUUUGCUUGAGGUUGAGGGAAGAACCCAGAUGCUGAAUUAACAAUCUCAGGCCCAACAUUAAUUAGGUAAAACAGGAGUAAAUGCUGUUUAAACAAUUUUCCCCACCAAAUCCCAUUAGAGGCUGGCAUAUUCCUAACUGCUGUUUGUGAGCAUCAAGGAACACAGCAGCCCAUGAUGAUGAUGAUGUAUAUCUAGUAAUGAGUAGCUGAUGUCUCUAAAGUAGCUAAUGAGUCAAAUCAGCAGUACAAUAAAAACAAAAGGUCCAUGAAUCCAGCUGUGGAUUGUGGAUUUCAAUGGCUGAAUGCCAAAUUCACAACAGUUAAAAACCCUGCAGGAAAACACAUUAGCAAUGUGCUGCUGUGGCACUUGUAAGGGAAAGUAAUUCCCCACAUCCACAUACACCCAUAAUAGACAUAAAAGGUGCCAUUAAUGUUGGAAUGGCUAUGUUUGUCUACAGAUACACAGUGACUCCAUUUCACAGUAAUUCCUGGGAAGCGCUUUGAGACAUCCUUCCGAUGUGAUAAGGCCAUAUACCACAUGGAAGUCUUGGGCUUCUAAACGCUGUCCAAGCAUGAGAAUGAUUAGACAGAAAGGUGCUAGGUGAAAAGAACAGGUUACAGGAUCUAAUAAUAAUCCUGGCAUUUGAUACAGCGCCUUAUCACAUCUUCGAAA